AUGUCGUCCGCUCUGACGAUACCAAACACACUAUCUCCUCUACCCCUGGAUAGACCGGAUUCCUCUCAGCUUUUGACUCACUUUCUCGCUCGAACCGCCAAUACUAUGGGAAACGGCUCAACCGACGCAAACCCAUUCAUUGUGCAACUGAUACCGCUGGCAUUUUCACAUGAACUAAUCUUAGAUCUUGUUCUGACUCAAAGUGCUGUCCACCGAGCGGUUUCCGAGCUUGCAAAGGCUGACGAUACUGCAAAUGAGCACUAUCGCGGGUCUUUGCGACUGUUUCGAAAGCAUCUAAGUCGUUUCACAGGCGACAGUGGUAACACAAUGAUCCUCGCAGCUGCGGCUUUGAUUAUGUGCUUCACAGAGACGGCGAAAGGAGAUAUCAAUGGUGCCGUCUUCCGCCAUCUCGUGGCUGCAAGGCACUUUUUGCGUGAGAUCCUUGCCCGGGAGAGCCCUUCGAUGACAUACGACUUGAAGACCUUUCUCGUUGAAUACUACAUAUACUCUGCGACUACAAGCAUAAUAUCUGUCGAGCCGAGAUCUGAUACGCAAUUCUUACUAAGUCCCGAGAUAGAAAGCUUUGCACAACAUCUUACCACUAUUGGCUACGUUGGUCACCUAUGUGGAUGCUGGAUGGACCUUCUGCUUUUGAUUCCUCAAAUAUUCGAACUGGGCCGCAAGGCAUUUCCGGACAAUAAAAGCGACCAAGUCGCCUUUCCAACUGCCGACGACAUGAUCGUGUUCUCAAAUUUACAUGCUCGGAUUGUGUCGUACUCGCCGUACGGCUCUGUGAGCUCUGAAACAGCAACCACCGGCUAUAUCUACCAGCAAGCCAUGCUGCUGUACCUUUUAACAUGUCUCAAUGGGUUGGAAGCGCAGGACCCCGGCAAAUAUCGAAGCAUGGUAGCGGCAGCAAUUUCGGAAGCAGCAUCCCAUAUUCUACAGCUACCCGCCACAGCUCGCGUCAAUACCAGUCUUUGUUGGCCACUUGCCGUCAUUGGUGCCUGCGUUGCGGAUUCCGCAAUCCAAGAUGUCCUACGGACCCGUUUACAGUUUAUGCUACAAACGCUGGGCCUAGGAAACGUUAGGCAGACGGCAAGGCUUCUCGAGCAUAUCUGGGAAAUGCCUUUGAGCCAACGAAGUCCGUGGACUAUAUACCGAACAAUGCAAGAAAACCAGAUAUGGAUCUCAUUUGCCUGA